AUGAGUGUACGUAUUUACAAAUCACAUCGCAAUUUUAGGGCUUUGGAUUUUUAUAAUGUCCUAAAUACCCGAAUUUUGAAGGUUUUUACUAACAUCCAAGCCUAUGGAGGUUCGUGGGCCGAUGACGAGAUCGAUAUUGCAUCCAUCUCGGUACCAAUCGAAAAGAAUCGCGGCUACGGAGGUGCCAGCGACCUGUUCCGGUCAAGUUUUGGAUCCAACGGCCACGGUUCUCGUGGUCUGACCUUCUUGGACAAUGGUCCACCAUACAUUGUAAAACUAGUGAACUUACCAGUGACCUCCCACGACGAUUUUGUGGAGGAUCUUUUCCGAAGUCGCUACACGAGUUUUGUCAAAUUCAAAAUUGUGUUUGACCCGUCAUCACAACCGCUAGAAUCUGGAGUGGUGAAGAAGAUCGCAUUUGUUGAGUUAGCUUCGUUCGCCGACCAGAACAGAGUACUCAAAUGGCACGAUUUGUACUAUCGUGGCUCUCGUCGAGUAGUUAUCGAGAUGGCAGACUUCGAGGAUUUCAAAUAUUGCAUGGCUUUCAACCAAGAGCACGAGCAGCAGCUUCGAGAUGUGGAACGUGAGUUUCUUGCGGGAAAGAGCCGCCAUGGCUGGGCAGAAGACCAUGGACGUGGUCUGUUUGGCCAUGAGGGUAUGAAUGGUGGCCAUAGCCAUCACCUGCUGAGCUACGGCAGGGGCAUUCUUGGCGAUAAUGGCGCACUUCAGCAUCGGGUCGAAUCUCUCCACAAUCGCCCUUCCAAUGCUUCAAGUCUGGCGCCCUCGCAGCCUCCAACUCUAUUACAGCCAGUCAGGAAGCCCACAUUACCAGACCACCCGAAACCAAACCCUUUCGGCAAUGCAAAGCCUGUUGAUAUUCUUCUGAAAGAGCACGAAAUCGAAAAUCAGCUUAUCACUAUAAACCACACGACGAUUAGAACAGCAGGAGUUAUGGAGUCCGCUCCCGAGGCUAAAGUGGCCAAGCAAGUUCAUUCAACUCACCUUGAAUCCCAAGCACCCGAACCGUCAUCGCUGCCCUCUGAUAAACCAGGUUUCACACCUGCCCCGAUUCCUUCGUCAGUUUACGGCCAGAAACAGAGUUUGGCAGAUAUCCUUUCUAAGAAUGACUCCGACCUGGCUCUAACUCCGAAGACCAGCACACGUAAGAGCGCUACAACUACUCCAAAACCACAAGUGAUCAAACCUACAAUUUUGAAGAAGAAAUCGGCAGUCACAGCUUCACAUGAAGUUUCAGUCGAGCACAGCAAAGGGGAAGAUGCUGCCAAUGGUGUUGAGGUAGAGUCUCUGGUCGAAAAUGGUGAUCUUGUGGUCUCUAAUGAGGAUGGUCAAGGGCACACAAACGAAGAAGUCAAGGCAUCUGUUCCUGAGCAGUCUUCAGCCAAGGAGCAUAUUCGAAAUGUCAAAGCUAAUAAGCGAAGGGAGCUGAAAUCAAAAGAAGGAAAAGAUGUGGAGCGAGGACAUCCCAGGGAACGAGGUGCGAAGCGAGGAUCUAAGGAAGACAAGCCAAGAGAGCAAGGAGAGACACGAACCCCGCGUGAGCCCAAGGAGCCCAAGGAACCAAAGGAGUUGAAGGGUCCCAAGCAAUCAAAGAGGCCCAGGGAACCAAAGGAACAGAGAGAACCUCGAGAGAGCAGGGAGGUCAGGGAACCCAAGGAGCCAAAAGAGCCCAGAGAUCGUAGAGUUUUCGGAGAAUCUAAGGAAUCGAAGGAACUCAAGGAAACCAAAGAAUCCAAGGGGUCAAAGGAGCCCAAAGAGCUGCUGAAGCCUAAGCAUGCCGAUUCUACUGAAGAACUCAAAGUAUCCAAGGAGACUCUGAAACAGAAAGAGAUUGACGAUUUACAUGGAUCUAAGUGGCCUAGAAAAACUCGCGAGUUCCGUGAACCUCGUGAACCUCGCCCUCCGAGAAGAAGAGGCUCCAGGGACUCUGAACCAUUCAUUCGUGCACCCAAGGGAAGCGAGGAAGACGCAGAACACAAGCAAAAGACCAGAAUUCACAAUCUUUCUGAGCGCAACAAGUCGUUUGCUUCAUCAAAUCGUCCGGACUUCAAGAAGCAAUUGAGUGAAAUGACCAAUGCAAUGGGUAGGGAGCAUAACAACUCGAGAAAGCCAAAAAGAGGUGGGCACAAGGAAGUGAGCCUCUCUCCAUCUGAGUCCAAAAGCAACGCGAAGGAGAAAAGUGAAAGCCACGAGAAGCACGAAACUGAUACUCAAACUGGAGGAGACAAUGUGGAUCAUUCUCCAGGAGGAAGAGGAAAGAGAAAUAGUCCGGUCUCUCCAGAAGCUUCGUCUUCUCAUCGGUUAAAUGGCUCGGAAAAGGCACUAGAAGGCAACAACGGAGGUGAGACACCUUCCAAGAAUGUACCAGAUCGGUCCAAUCGAAACAGAGAUGGCCGAGGACGUGGAGGGUUCCGAGGACGUGGAACGCGAGGAAGAGGAGGAAGAGGACGGGGAAGAGGUAGUAGCUCGCCUGGUGGUGUUAAACCAGACGAUGUAAGCAGCCAAGGUUAA